AUGAGCACUCUACGCCGCUCGGCGCGCUCCCGCGGCCUCGUGACGCCCGCCACUAACGACUCGGUGUCCCCAGAAGUCAAGGCGGAGCAAGGGCUGCCGACGCCCGAGAGUAUCGACAUGGAUGACUCGCCAAGCCGCACACGCAAGCGCGAUCCAUCGCCUGUGCGCCCCGCUAAGCGCCAGAUGCUUGAAGCCAUUGUCAUGCCUGGACGCCGCUCCAAGCUCAGCACCGAGAAGACGACGAGCGCCGACAACCUCACGCUUGGCACGCCCAUCAAAACAGAGGUCAAGAGCGAGUUGAAAGGCGAGAUGGACGGCGACACAACCGAGUCCGACCCCGAUCGACCUACGAAGAACGAUUCGAGUGAUGAGGAGAUGCCCCUCGCCGCUCGCCGCAAACCCAGAGCAGUUGCGACACGCCCCGGUGCAUUGAAGCAUGCGUCGAAUCGGAAAGUCAUUUCUAUCUCGUCGAGCUCUGAGGACGAGGGCAUGGACUACGCGUUAAACUCUGACGACGAGGCCAAGCAGCUGCAGCGUGCCAUUGCUGCGUCCCAGGCCGAGAAUGGACGCACCAAGAGGGCGACGACCUCGCGCUCGCGUAGUACGAGCUCCGCCUCGACUGCCAAGUCUACACCCAAGCGUGCGGGGAAUAGUGUGACGCCUCACCGCUCGGCCAUCGCCCGUGCCGCCCAGCUCCGUAUGCGCGCUUCGCGCGGCCAGUCGUCCACAUCAGGCUCUACUCUCCCUACGCCCUUGGACAGUUCCGCUUCACCAGAGUACAUCCCCGCGGACGACGACGAGUUUGAAGGCUCAGCCUCCGACUCGGCCCUCACUGCGCUAUCGGGCGAUGAGUCAGACGAGGCGUUGUCUGAGGAGGAGACCAAGAAGCCCCCGAAGAAGAAACUCAGGAAGACAAGGGCCCGUCGCUUGGACGGUCGCACCGUGGCGGACGAGUUACCUCCGCAGUGGAAGUACAAGUCGGUGGCGGAGCGCGACGACGAGCUUGACCGAAUCAAGGAGGAGAAGGCUUUAAUCAAGGACAAGGAGGGCACGAUGUCACUGCGUCUUGGACGAAAGCUCACGCAGGGCGAGAAGAACGGGAUUCGUCUGGGUCUGCAUCACCCGGAGCUCGUCGACGCCUGGGGUGACCUCGAGGCGAACAUCGAACCCGUCAAGCCUGUUCCUAUGGAAGCGGACCCGUCGCUCAAGCUCACGCUCCUUCCGUUCCAGAAGGAGAGCCUGUACUGGAUGAAGAAGCAGGAGGAGGGUGUGUGGCGCGGUGGCAUGCUCGCGGAUGAGAUGGGCAUGGGUAAGACUAUCCAGACCAUUGCGCUGCUCCUCUCCGAGCCGCGACACAAGCCGUCGCUCGUCGUUGCGCCCGUCGUCGCACUCAUGCAGUGGAAGAACGAGAUCGAGACGCACGCUGAGGGCUUCAAGGUCUGCCUGUGGCACGGUGCUGGCCGCAUGAAGGCUGAUGACCUCAAGAAGUACGACGUCGUUCUCGUGUCGUACGGAACGCUCGAGACGUCGUUCCGCCGCCAGCAGAACGGGUUCAAGCGAGGCAACCUGAUCGUCAAGGAAAAGUCUCCGAUGCACACGUUCGAAUGGUACCGUGUCGUGCUCGAUGAAGCCCAUAACAUCAAAGAGCGCUCCACCAACGCCGCCAAGGCUGCAUUCGCCCUUCAGGCCAAGUACCGCUGGUGCCUGUCCGGCACACCCCUCCAGAACCGUGUCGGCGAGCUGUACUCGCUAGUCCGCUUCCUCGGAGCCGACCCCUUCAGCUUCUAUUUCUGCAAGAAGUGCGACUGCAAGUCCCUGCACUGGGCAUUCAAGGACCGCCGCCACUGCAACGACUGCGGUCACAAGCCGAUGGAUCACGUCUCGCUGUGGAACUCUGAGAUUCUCACUCCCAUCGCUCGUUACGGCAUUGAGGAGGGCGGUCCAGGCAAGGUGGCUUUCAAGAAGCUCAAGAUCCUGCUUGACCGCAUGAUGCUUCGGCGUACCAAGCUGGAGCGUGCCGAUGACCUCGGGCUUCCUCCGCGUACCAUUGUUGUCCGCCGCGACUACUUCUCUCCCCAGGAGAAGGAGCUGUACAUGAGCCUCUUCACCAACGCCCAACGCCAGUUUGACACAUACGUCACGUCUGGUACCGUGCUGAACAACUAUUCGAACAUCUUCUCUCUCAUUACUCGGAUGCGCCAAAUGGCUUGCCACCCUGAUCUUGUGCUACGAUCUAAGACCAGCACCUUGGGCCAGGCGUCCCAGGAAGGUACUGUGUGCCGUAUCUGCAACGACACUGGCGAGGACGCGAUUGUGUCGGCCUGCCACCACGUGUUUGACCGCGAGUGCAUCCGCCAGUACUUGGAGGUGCAGCAGUUGCGGGGACACAGCCCCGAGUGCCCGGUGUGCCAUAUCGAGAUCUCGAUCGACCUCGAGCAAGAAGCAAUCGAGAUCGACGACUCGUCCAGGAAGGCUCGCCAGGGCAUCCUUUCGCGCCUUGACCUGACCAACUGGCGUUCGUCGUCAAAGCUGGAGGCGCUUGUCGAGGAGCUCGAGAAGCUGCGUAACGAGGACUGCACGGUCAAGUCGCUGGUCUUCUCGCAGUUUGUUUCGUUCCUAGACCUUAUCGCUUUCCGCCUCCAGCGCGCAGGGUUCAAUAUUUGUCGCCUUGAGGGUGGCAUGACUCCCCAACAGCGUGAUGCGACCAUUCAACAUUUCAUGAAGAACACGAGCGUCACCGUCUUCCUCAUCUCGCUCAAGGCCGGAGGCGUUGCACUUAAUCUCACCGAGGCAAGCAUGGUCUUCAUGAUGGACUCGUGGUGGAACCCCUCGGUUGAGUACCAGGCCAUGGACCGCAUCCAUCGCCUGGGCCAGAAACGUCCUGUCAAGGUGGUCAAACUGGUUGUCGAGGACUCGAUCGAGGACCAGAUCGUCCAGCUGCAGGCCAAGAAGCUCGCCAUGACGGACGCCGCUCUCAGCCGCGACCCUGACACAGCACUUGGCAAGCUCACGGUCGACGACCUCGGGUUCCUCUUCAAGCUGUAA